CUUUGUUAUUCAAAUCAUGAGCUUAAACGCUUGUCGCUUUGCUUUUCGUACGAGUAAUGAAUUAAUAACGCCAAAAAAACGAACCUCAAUCGUUGCAAAUUGCCUCUUUUGCAAAGUACUUCGAGAUUUUUUCAACUCAACCAAGUCACAGAUAUUGGACUCGUAUUGGUUUUUGCGUAUAAAGGCACUUUCGGGAGCAGGCGCAGUCUGACUGUUGCUACUUUAUAAGCACUGUACCCUGCUCGCGAGUCGUGAGUAAAUUCAUCGGAAAAACAGCUUGAAAUGAAUACGUUAACCGAGUGACAUUCCGUUUCCGUGCGACUCAAACAUGGCCGAGGAACUGCAGCGAGUCGAUUCUAAUCUCAAGCCGAGCGAACUGAAGGCGGCAUUCAAGCGAAGCCGGGACAUCGAUGCGCUGUUGGACAAGGAAAGAGAAUUGAAAGAGAAAGAAGUACAGCUGUUGAUUUUGGGUAAGAAUACCGCAGAUCUUACAAAUUCCUGGGUUGCCAUUUCGGCCUCAUAUAGAGCGGGAUGAAUAUUUAUUUCUAGAAUUUUUCAAGCAUACAACCCUCGUUCGUAUUUUGCCAAACCAGCGAAUCAAAACACGUUCGCCGCGGCCACUACACCAAGAAUUGUCCACCUUAGGAAGUAAAAAUCCCUAACUCUCUGUGUACAUUUGCUAAAAUGUUUUUAAUUUUUCCUUACGUUCUUAAAUAAACAACAACCCAAAAAUUUCUCUAUGGCAAAUAAAACCCUCUUAGAUAAUCAAAUUCGCCGCCGAAAGAUAGUCCGUAAAUACGCAAUCAAACAUAUAUAAUCCUGAAAAACUUGACGGUAUUAUGAAGAUUGUGUUUCACUAUCGAAGAUGCAGAUAUGAUAAUUAAGACUUAUGACUUGUGCUAAAUAUAAUCCCUCACGCGGGGUUCUUCAAGCUCUUGGAAAAGAAAGAAACGAAUAUAAAAGCACUUUACCUUCUAGACAAACAAACGACAUUUGAGGAAAUGGAAGAAAUAUUGGACCUACAUACGUAAAUUUGAACACUUCAAACUUACGUACUUUCAGCAAAUUCAAAUUUUACCUAUAUCAUAAAAUAUGAAUCAAAAUGUGACCGCCAAAAUAUUCGCACGCAUGUAAUCCGAAGUAAUUGUACCGGCCUGUUGAUGAAAUCAUUAAUUCAUUUUCAUGAAACAAGAAUUCGAACUUAGUAUUUAGCUGAACAUUUUGAGGCGAAGAUCUGAAGUUCGAUCCCUCAUGGGGACUUAGAGUUUUUUUCUUUGUUCCACUUUCGUGACAAAACAUCUUUCACUAUUUUGAGACAGCUUGGCAAAUUGGAUGUGAAAUUAAUUAUCAUGUAGACAUCUGACAUUAUGGCCACAAAGAAAAACACGAAUAAAUUUUUCAUCAGGAACGAUUAAAAAUAGAUUAUAAAAUCCAGUGAAUAUUGUUUAUUUUCAACUUCUGUUGUUGAAAGAAAUUACAAAAUUGUGAACACCGAAGUUAUUGACUGAAUGAAAUAUAUUUAUUUCCUUUUAUUGACUGCUGAGAAACUGAAAGUCAAUUUCCGUUUAGAGGCUUCAAACAUAUGGUCCAUUAUAAUUUCACAAUGGUUUUUGACAUAAACCAAAAAAAAUCAUAGAUAUUUUUGCAUAUACGUGUCGAUGGUUCGUUCGAUAGGUAUAUAGGUCAUGAUUAUUUCACCCCCUCCCCCUCGCUAUCCCUACCCCUCUACUCUUGUCUUGUCUUGUUGUCCUCCUGAACUGUGGAGGUCACAGCCAAGAACCUCUUUUGUUAUAAAUUGCAAAUACCGUCUUGCGUCGUGUUCAUCAUUUUAAUUCUACUUUAGUUUUUCGUAUUUUAUGUGUAUGGACAAGAGUCUAUAAUCUCUUGGUUUGGAGCAAUCGCACAUUCCUUUUUGUACAUUCUCUUUUGACCUGUUGGAUUUAUUUUUUUUUUAAUGAAGCUCUGUUCGAUUUCUGCUGCCUAAUUUCCUUUGUUAGCUUUUCUCCUUUUUACUUGAGCUUGUUUCAUUUUCAUUUUUAUUUUGUAUUAGGAUCGGGUUGUUCUGGGAAAACCACUUUUCUCAAACAGCUGCGAAUUCUAUACGGGGAUGGUUAUACGGAGAAAGAGCGGAAAGAAUUCAAGCCAGUUAUAUAUGGAAAUGUCCGAAGAGCCAUGAUUCGAAUUCUCGAAGCAAUGGAAGAGAUAGGGCUUACUUUUACCAACGAAGAGUUGAGCACCAAGGUAAUACAAUGUUGUGGGAGAUAACCUGCAAAAGAGAGGGGUUUUUAGUGGCGCUUUCAGGCAAACGAAGGCAAGUGCGAGGCGAAUACAAGGAGCGCGCAAAACACGCGCGAAGGAACGCAAAUUUCAUCAUGACUCUGUUCGCCUGGAAGUGCAAAAAAAACGACGCUCUCUCUGAAAGCAAUAUAAGAGAUGCAGGGGCCCUUUUUGUUAAUGCGCCCUCCUCCUGAUCAGGAGCUCAUUUAAGCUUUGGCAAGGUCCGACGUGAGGUGUUUCUAUACAAGACACUUUGUUAUUCGAUUGCUUCUCUACCAGUAAACAGUCUGGGGCAACCUCGUUUAAGUCUUGGUUUUUGCUCAUGCAAAUAUUGUGUCAGUGGCAGAACAAAUUCGAACAUAAAUCAAAGAUUCUUGUCACGCGACGCCUUCUAUUCGUGCAUUUGCUCAAGUUGAAACCGUAAAUGGGCGGUGACAUGCAUCGAAUUAUUUCAUAAAAACAAAUAAUUGGGAGUUUCAAGUUCUCCGUUUCCCUUCAUAUGUUUCCGGAUAUUAAUACCCAUGAAAAUUUCAAUUUCUUUUGGCGGAAAUUUUGCGGGAUUUCAUUCAUUUUCCGUUUUUUGCCUUUUAAGUUUAGCACAAGGAAUUAAGGCGCGAUCAGCCAUAAUUGAAUCGGAUCAAAUUUGGGCAUGUUUCUUCCGCACAUUCCACUUUUUUUGAUCUCGAUCAGGUGCUGAGCGCCGCAGAGCAUAAGCCCCUUGGGUUGCAUGCAGCUAUUUUGAGAAAGGUAGGCGGAAAAGAAAAAAAGCGUCAAGUGCCCGCAACAACCCCUAAAGGUAUUGUGUGUGGUUCUAAGGUCACGGUUCUUCGACCUCAAGGAAACUGUUAAGAUGAAGUAUCGCGGGUUUCAUGAAUUUAUUUAUUUGACUUAUUAACAUUCUCUGAUUACCGGAUACCCCGAUCAGCUAGACAGAUUACCUUUCCAGAUUAGCGCAUAUACUUUUGUCCUUUUUUCCGACAGCCUCUCUCGAAACAGCUGUAUACCUAAAUUUUAAAUCCAAAAUUAUUAUUUAUUCACCCAGGACCUCCAUCAGGAGCUACUAGAACAUGCCGACUCAGAAGACAGUGAAAAUAACAACUUUUCGCUGGCAGACAGAGUUCCGUUGCUGACAAAAUUCUGGAACGACUCCUCAGUACAGACUUGCUUUGGCCAAAGAAAUUUGUUUUACAUCGACGAUUCCGCUAAAUAGUAAGUAAAACUAUAAAAAUAUCGGUUACCAUUGAUUAUUGUAAGAGAAAACAGAAAGAAUUAGUAUCGGAACGCGCUUUUAGAGCGUUUUUAGCGCGACCUCAGCCUCUCUUGGCGUGAUUACUGCGACAUACUCGCGCGAUAGCUGCAUGGUUUGCGGGUAAUAUACUUUGACAGACCUACUUAAGUGUGAAUGUACAGAAAGAUUUCGGAUAACUGAAGGUGGUUUUCUUGAUGUUGCUUUCGUACUGUAGCGUUAAAUAUUAAUAAGCUAGUAAUGUCUGGUAUAUUGAGCAAUCAGACAUAAUGUAGAGCUAUCGUACGCUCUUUCUUCCUCAUAGGUAUCUUAUUUACAAGAGUAACGUAUAGUACGCUUGUCUUUACAAUGAAAGUUGUUGCCUGCGAGCAAGGCCUUCAUUAUCGACGCGUAGGCGCGAGAGUCUCUUCACUUGCGAGAUGUCUGCACUGAUUAUUAGUGCAAAACCUAUCCUCGACUCCUCUCAAAUCUUCCCACGCACGGAGAAAAGUGCGUCCUGCAGCGCUGAUAAUGAAGGCGUUUACAGGCCAUUCGUAGCCUGUGUAACCUGUGACUUAUUGCGCCCAUUAUUGUUUUUUAAUCAGUUUUUUUGAGAAUCUCGAAAGGCUAUCACAUCCCGAUUACAUCCCAACACACGAGGAUAUUCUGCACGCUAGGCAACAAACUCAAGGUGUUCAAGAAAGAAAAAUUUCAGUAAACAGUUACAAUUACAGGUAAGGUGGUAAAGAUAUUUAAGAAUAUUCAGAUUACUUUUAAAAAGAUCAUUACGAGGCUUAACUCUUGACCCUAAGGGUGACUGGCAUCUAAUUUCUCAUAACAAUGUCACCCCUAAAUCAUACAAAAAAAGUUAUGAGAAAAAAAGAAAUGAUCAUCAGCUAGCUCUUGAUUGUUACAAGAAUUCUCCUUGUCAGCACCUUAGAAAUUUAAAGGCUAUGUCUCAACACACUUAUGAGCUACUUCCAAAGCUCUGUAGAUCUCAUCGCUGUCACCUUAUUUUCUACUUAUUUUCUUUGUUGUUAACAGAGUUAUAGAUGUUGGAGGACAAAAAAGUCAACGCAAAAAGUGGAUUCAUUUCUUUGAAGGUGUAACAGCCGUUGUGUUCUUUGUGUCAUUGAGUAGCUUCGACGAAUUCGUCGAGGAGGACGAAAAUUCGGUAAGUCGCUCUGCUAUUGUUCAGUGUUUCCGAAUGUUCACGAAGAUUUCCGAAGUUGUCAUAUUUUUAAAAAAGAACACCAAAUCAAGAUUCCAGAGUCCUUUGAAUGUCUCCAUUUUUCAUUCGAAAAUGAGCAAAGUAUCCGAUAUAAAGCUGCAGCUUAUCAAGAUACAGACAUAAAAAACCCUUUGAGUUUAAUUUUUUCAUUUAGACGUUGAAAUGUAUAAUUAAAAAUAAAUUUCCAUUUUUUUUUCGUUCUUUAUUGGGUCGCAGAAUGCUAUGCAUGACAGCCUGGAGUUAUUUGAAGAAAUCAGUCAAAAUGCUUUCCUUGAGAAGACGGAAUUUAUUCUCUUUCUUAACAAGCAUGACUUAUUCGUGGAGAAGCUGAAGACUUCAAAUCUGUCUGCGUGCUUUCCCGACUACGACGGUAAGUGGACGACGUUCAAAGCUGAGAUUGCUUGAUAGGCUCAGCGAACGGGAAGCCUUGCUUCUGUCGAGAGGGAAGCUUACCGUUGCGCGCACGCGUAAUUCCUUAGUAUUCUCCCGGGCAAGCUCAUGCUUUUUCUGGCCAGAAAAACUCUUGACCACGAUCGAAAAUAAAAUGUUUCCUGAUAUUUGAUUGGCUGGGCCUUAUACAAUCCGUUGUGCUAAGAACGAGAUUGAUAAAACUUUACUUUCUGUAUAGGAGCAGUAGCAUCAUUGGGCUCGCAAAUCCUCCACCCUCCAACAUUCUGAACGGUGCAAGAUUGGCUGGAGGGGGAGGGGGGGAGGGGGUUAAGGCUUUGUACGUUUUAUUCCAACUUGAGACCUGCACCCUUACCUUUCAAAUGUCAGUUUUGGUCCAAAAGCUAUCUAUUUUACUUACUUAGGAUAAAAUUCCACACCGCACUCCUCCUUUACCCUCUCUUGAAAUCCUCUUCUCCGACUCGUUUUAAGAAACUCCCUAGGGCAAAACCUCCGUACAUACGAUCCAUGACAUAGUCACCCCUGGGGCAGUGCCCCGUCGUCCCCAUCGCCCCGUUCAAAUUGCUUCUUGGAAUCGCACUUUAAAAGAGGACGGGUACGCUGAUUUCCUCCUCGCAUUGUUUUUGGAGGAAGAGUGGUUAAAAAAGAUCAUUUUAUUUUUAAAGAAAACAAUUUCUACAUGACAGCAUAUUGAUAUAUUAUAUUCUUGCUUGCAGGAGGUCCAGACCCCGAGAUAGGUUUAAAUUACAUCCGGGAGUUGUUUUUGUCCAAGAAACCCGCUGACAAGCACAUGUAUUUGCACGUGACAUGUGCAACAGACACUGACCUAAUGAAAGCGGUGUUGAAAGAUGUGUUUGAAAUUUUAGUCGAUAUAAACCUGAAGAAACUCUCUACACUUUAA